AAUUCCUCUCUAAAUUUAGUGGCAUCUUCUGACAAUGGAGGCAGGAGAGUUUUAUAAUUUAAUGGAUUGGCUGCUGUCCAGGGGACAUGAAUUCUCUGCAGUGGAGGUCCAGGACACAUCCACAAUGGACGCUGUGUAGGAAUGCCUGAAGCUGUCAGAGCCUGAUGACAGAGCCCUGGGAAGUAGGAGGACUUAGAUGGGACAGCAAAGCCAGCCUUCCUGCCUCUCCUGGCUGCUUCUACUGAAUUCAUUUCCCAGCUUUCAGCAUUUACACAAGUGACCUGUAUGUCCCUGGCUUGGAGGUGCCGGCAGCUGGCUUGGUGCUCCUCUCAGCUGCCUACCAUGGACCGGGGGCUGCCCAGCACCACCAGCCUGGUGCACUUCUGCCAGAAGCUGAACCGACUGAAGACAGUGGAGGAGCCCACCAGGGAGACGUCGCUGCGGCGCCACCUGACCAUGCUGCACCUGACCUUGCUGGGUGUGGGUGGCAUGGUGGGCUCUGGCUUCUACAUAGUCAAUGGCCCCAUGGCCAAGGAGAUGGCCGGCCCUGCAGUGCUCGUGUCCUUCGGCGUGGCUGCCGUGGCCUCACUGCUGGCAACCCUAUGCUAUGCGGAGUUCGUGAUAUGUGUGCCCUGUGCUGGCACUUUCUACCUGUUCACUUACAUGUCCAUGGGUGAGCUGUGGGCCUUCCUCAUUGGCUGGAAUGUGCUCUUCCAGUGCCUCAGUGGUGGCACGGCCAUGGGCCGUGUCUGGAGUGGCUACUUGGACUCCAUCUUCAGCCACCGCAUCCGUGGCUUCACUGUGGCCUAUGUGGGCAUCUGGCAGGUGCCCUUCCUGUCCCAGUACCCAGACUUCUUGGCUGCUGGCAUCAUACUUUUGGCCUCGGCAUCGAUCUCCUGUGGAGUCCGCAUCUCUUACUGGCUCAACUACACGUUCUCUGUUGUCAACCUGGUCGUCAUCGUUUUCAUCAUUGUCAUGGGAUUUGUCCUGGCCCGCCCACACAACUGGAGUGCUGAGGAGGGCGGCUUUGCACCCUUCGGCUUCUCUGGCAUCAUGGCCGCCGCCGCGACUUGCUUCUAUGCAUUUGAGGGCUUUGGUGUCAUUGCCGCCUCCAGCAAGGAGGCCUGGAACCCGAAGCGAGCCGUGCCCAUGGCCAUCGCCAUCUCACUUGGCCUGGUGGCUGGUGCCUACAUCCUUGUUUCCACUGUGCUCACACUCAUGGUGCCCUGGCACAGCCUGGACCCUGACUCUGUGCUUGCUGAUGCCUUCUACCAGCGGGGCUAUAGCUGGGCGGGCUUCAUCGUGGCAGCUGGCGCAAUCUUCGCCAUGACCGCUGUCCUGCUCAUCUUCAACUAUUUCCUGACACACACAACCUGUGCCAUGGCCGCCGAUGGGCUCUUAUUCCAGGUGUUUGCCCACGGGCACCCCCGGACACAGGUGCCUGUGGUGGGCAUUCUGGUGUUUGGGGUCCUCAUGGCUUUCCUGGCGCUGCUGCUGGACCUCGAGGCGCUGGUCCAGUUCCUGUCCAUCAGCGCACUGCUGGCCUACACCUUUGUGGCCACCAGCAUUGCUGUGCUACGCUUCCAAAAGGCCCCUCCCUCCAAUUCGCUGGGCCUAGUCAGCCCUGUGGGCACAGAGCAGGCCUCAGCCCCUGAGCCCGGGCAGCUGCGACCAGCCCUGAGGACCUACCUAGGCUUCCUGGGUGGGUGCCGGCCUGGAGCUGCUGUGGCUUGGGCACUCGGUGUCCUGGUGGCCUCAGCCAUCACUCUGGACUGCGUGCUGGUCUUCGGGGACCCGGCCCUGCACCUCCCUCUCUGGGGGUACACCCUGCUGCUCCUGCUCAGCUCCGUCAUGUUUCUGCUCAGUCUCCUCGUCCUGGGGGCCCACCAGCAACAGCGCCGACAGGACACCUUCCAGGUUCCCCUGGUGCCCCUGACUCCAGCCCUGAGCAUCCUCCUCAACAUCUUCCUCAUGCUGCACCUGAGCUACCUGUCCUGGCUAUGCCUCUCCAUCUGGCUGCUGAUUGGACUCGCAGUAUAUUUUGGCUACGGCAUCUGGCACAGCAAGGAGAACCAGCGGGAGCGGCCGAGGUUGACUGCCCCACGCGGCAGCCUGGAGGAGACGGUGCAGGCCCUGCAGCCCCCCAGCCAGACACCAGCCCAGGAGCCUGGCCUCACAGAGCAGCCCACCAGUCCAUGAGGAUUGCUCUGG